UAAUGAAUUCAGGUUGACAACGAGAAAUCGCAACAAACAUUUUCCAGGCGUGGCUUAUUAUGUUAAAACUGAUUUUUAUAAAUAAAAUAGUAUAAAAGUGGAUACAAAACCGACAGAAAAGGAAGAUAAGUAAUACCAAUGUGGGCUAAAAGCAGCAUAUUGUAGCAAAAAGUGUGACAUUCAAGUGAUUCUUAUAAGGGCGUUGACAAAGUUUCAUAAAAUAAUCAUGUACGGCCGCAAAACACCAUCCACAUAUCGAUCCACACCAUCUGUUUAUUCACAUUAUACUGGAAAAUCAUCAACAAAUCUACGUUCAGCCAAGUCGGUGAGAUCUCUGCGAGUGCCAUGGUACCAGAAACCCAUCCUGCAUGAUGCUGUUGUCCUGGAUCUACAGAGGGGUUCUCUGCUCACCGCAUGUUUGUCUUUGUUCAUAUCGCUGUUCUCGUUCGCGCAAAGCAUAUUCGAUCUGUACUGCCUGUACAUGGCGACGCCCGGGUUCCACCACACCGGAUAUUACGUCAUCAGCUUUCAGUUUGUGUACGUAGGCAGCCCACCAGUGCGCAAUGUCCUUAUUGUGUUCUCGCUGUUCUCCUGGCUUGGGUCGAUUGCUGUUCUGUUCACGAGCAUUGUGCUUGUCAAUGCACUAAGAAAGGAACACGAAAAACGCAUAGUACCAUGGUUAUACACCUUCGGCGUUUUUAUUCUUUUCCGCCUAGUAGCUUUCAUAUUCGCGUCCAUAGUUAACGAUAUGAUAUUCGCUUACAACGUCAUCAUGUGUCUAUGCUGGAUCGUAUUCUGCAUCGCCGGUGUCUAUGGAUGGCUGUUGGUCUACAGUCUAUACCUCGAGUUGGCGGAUUUAACCAAGUUGGAGGAUUUGGCACAUUUGAGAAUGGGCACAAUGGCGUCAAUAAACGCAUCGCUGGCCGGCUCGCGUCCCACCACGCCGCACAGCACCGUCUCGACGAUGCCGGCGUCGCAGAUUUGAUGCCACGACCCGGCGCCAGAGAACGCCGAAGAGUGCGUGCCACUCAACCAGAGCAUAGAGACUCCCGUGUGAAUCGCAAGUCUUUAUUUCACCACCGGUUAAUAAUCGUUAAUGUCAUCAUCGAUCAUAUAAUGUCAACACAAAUUUCAUCACCAGUCAGAAUUCAUCACUGUACUCUAAGAUUGUCAUUUCAGUUUGUAUACGUCAUCACUUGUCAGUACAUACCUUAGUCAAUGUAUGAAAUAACUGAAUAUGACAAAUUAUUGUCCAUCACGUCACCAGUCAGAUAUAAUCAUUCAGACCUUAAAUAUAGAAAUACUAUGGUCAUGUUACUUUCGCACAAUUUCAUAACUAUUAGAGGUUUAAGCUAAACUUAAUGAACCUAGUUGGUAAUCCCUUAUUCCUUUGUACGGGGCUGGACUGCAAUGACAUCAUGUUGGGCUAUUGCGGAUUGGGCGUUUGCUAUUGCCUUUUUAGUAGUAGGCAAAGUGUAUCAAAAUUAAGGGUCAUGUCACGCACGAAGACGCGUCCCACCACCUUUUGAGCUGGGGUGUUGCGGAGUUUCGUGGGGUAAGGGGGAUCUAAGCACUCUUCCCGAUGUUAAAUUUUUAACGAAAGUAGUGUGGCGUGUCUUCUUGGAUGAAAUGUUCUAUAGCGAAGAUGGUCUGAUAACCGCGAUGUUAAAAUUAAGGCUUGAUCUAAAACCACUUGGUGUGACUGACAAUGGAUUUUAACUUGUAUUUCUUUCAUAUUUAUGCACCAUAUUUGCAUUCGUUUUGUAUAUUACAAGUUAUGUCACGUACUUACUGAUGACGUAGAAAUAAAUUGUUUUUUUUUUGUUAUGUUUAAAUCGAAAUAGAUUUAUCACACGCAAUGAUAAUGGGAAUCUCUUAGAUUAUAAAAACAUUAUGUGAAAUUGGUAAGGAGAAUUAAUUAUACAAAAUGUUUUUGUUACUAAAACAAAUAUAAGACACUAAGGGUGGCGAACUUUUCAUGGUAAACGUGCCUUUAUUAAAAAUAUUAAUAAUAAUAAGGCCUGUAAGGUACCAUCUAGGACUAGUUUUAUCUAUCCGUUUUUUUAUGACCCAUCUAUGUUUUUGUUUUUUUUUUAUCGGGGCUCGACAAAAUGACUUCACAGCCAUGAUGUUAAGCGAAGUGAGCCCAAAGAAAGAUACAUAUACAAUGAUUGGCAUAUUUUCGCGUGCCCGAAUUAUUUUGUUCUAUGCCAUUAACACUGUUCUGGAGUGGCGACCACGAACCGGACGCUGCGUAGGCAGGGUCCCUACGAGAUGGACCGACGAUCUGGUGAGGGUUGCCGGAGUCCGAUGGAUGAGGGCGGCCUAGAACAGGUCUCUGUGGCGCUCAAUGGGGGAGGCCUAUGUCCAGCAGUGGACAAUUCCCGGCUGAAACAAUGAUGAUGAUGCCACUGGCACGCAUGCCAUUGGUUCGCCAUCCCUGCUCUAUAUAAUAUACUAGCGACCCGCCCCGGCUUUGCACGGAUGCAAUGCUGACUAUUUAAUGGAUGUUAUUAUUAUAAAUAUAAACCUUCCUCUUGAAUCACUUUAUCUAUUAAAAAAAACCGCAUCAAAAUCCGUUGCGUAGUUUUAAAGAUUAAAGCACACAUAGGAACAGAGAAAGCGACUUUGUUUUAUACUAUGUAGUGAUGAUUAUAUAUAAAAGAACAGAUAUGUAAUGUAUAAAAUAUGAUUUAAAAAAACUAUAAUGUUGCAGUUUGUAUAAUUAAUUAUACGGAAAAGACAAUUAUGUUUAUGACAAAAACACCAAUAACAUAGUUUUAAGUUUAUAUUUUAAUGCGCCCUUAUUUUGUUAAGAUUUCCGUCCGAUUAAUUUAGUUGUAUAAGUUGUAGCUGAUUAUUUUAUAAAGUAUUUUUAAUAUCUCACGAAACGUGUAAGCAAACAUUUCGCCAUAAACUUUCAUAGUACUUCUCGAUCAUAUUUCUUACGUAAUCUUAAACUAAAUAUUGCUCUUUUCAACAAUAUAUAUUUAUAUUGCCUAUAAGUUCUAUUUUGAAUCUUUAUUGACUUUAUAUCAUGUUUUUCAUAACUUAAACUCGAAUAUAUAAAAUGUAACGCAUACUCGCUAUGUCUGAGUGUCAUUUUUGUCGAAAUACUUUACGGAAAGUAUUUAAUUUUACAAAUAGUUGAAUGUAUUGUGCCUAUAAAACAUUCGGAACACCGUACUUAGUGCCUUCAUGUUAGUGCCUGUUUGAAUUAUACCUUAAGAUCUAGAUGUAAAUGUUUACUUUUGCUUAUAACUCAUGCUAUAUAUAAUUACCAACCUACCUAUUAUAGGUGGUCUCUUAAUUCCUGUAAUCAUAAGUAUCAGUGGCGAAGGAUGAAAUUUUCCGAAAAGGCACCCGACAUAACUUACAAGUUCUAAUUAUAUGCACCCAAGCGGUCUGGAAAUCGUUGUAAUGAUGAUCAGAUUUUACAUAGAUUACGAAAGGGUUUCGUUACAAAUCGGGAAAUAUGGACCCUUCGCGCCUGUUCAUAUUAAUAAAGAAAAUAUCUGAAGAAGUAAAUGUUUACCGUCCGAUAGUUAUAUGAUCGACAUUACUAAUAUAAUCGAUAAAAAUAACUCCGGAAUAAUAAGCAUUUAGGUCUGAACCGGCCAUUGCAGAGUAUUAUUAGAGUUCGAGGCCGUCUAGUGUAGAAACUAAUCGUGGUAGCGAUGUGGUGGAUGAUGGUAAUUGACAACGGAAACUGAUGUUCUUAGUGGUCUAGUAGGAAACAUCAUUAAUAAUGAAGAACCUAAAAACCAUUAGGGAUGUAAUGUUCUGCGCUAGUUGCAAUAAUUUAGACUAUCUGUCUGAAUUUUACCCCAGAACAUCUGUACCUAUCUUCACUAAUAUUAAACUACAAAAAAAAAAACUGAAUUUACUAGUCAAUUGACUGGCGAAUUAGUAAGUUAACUAAAAUUGAAUAUUUUAUUGCUACAUAUAUUUUUGUACUAAAAUCCACUACACUGCUAUCGCUGAAUAAGUAUAUUCUUUAAGUAUUUCUUUUUGCAAGUAUUUACUUAGUAACUGCACGUACGAAAAGUUUGCAUUUAUUUCUCUUAGUUCACGUAGUUAUUUAGAAGGUUCAUCUUUACAAUCCUCUAACACUAUGGGGCCCAAUUGAUCAAUUCGAGUGAACUUUACUUAUUUCUAUAUUUUGUAAGUUUAUCCAGUCAUGUUUAAUGCCGGCGCCACACACAGACAAAUAUUUGAACAAACAAUUUGACACACAUUUGAACACCGUUCCAAAUUUAAAUUUUUAUAGCUUUUACUUUUAGGUUUCCAUAUAAUCGAUUCUCAGUCAAGCAACUCGAUAACUUUGAACGCUUUGAUGUGUGGUCGAAAAACCGAUACGGAAUGGCAAAUACGCAAACAUUUAAACAAACUUUGCACAAAUACGCAAAUACCCGUGCCACACAUGAGUUCAAACAAGUGUUAAAAUAAUUUUGCUAUGUGUGGCGCCUGCAUAAGGCUUACUUGUACAGUUAAGUGGGUCGAUAUAUAUGUACUACGUAGAUCUGACGUUUCGGACACUCGUAUUCAACUGAAGUGUACUGCAAUCAGGUAUUAUUUUACUGAUACUCUAUUUAAGCGCUUUAGCACUGCAUUUUUAAAGUUUCGUGAGACGACGAUUGAUGUUUUAGUGCUGCAGCGAACUUUAGUACUGACUCCAGAUUUUGAACAAAUAGUUUAUAUGGAAGUUUCGUGUCUAUAAAAUAUACGUCAAUGGUUAAUUGUGAUAUUUACCAUUACGAAGAUUAUUUGUGCCCCACAUUGCGCGAUGUUAUUUUAAAAAGACUACAAUACUUUUUUUAUCGAUUUUGACAGUUGGAGCAUUUGGAGUUAUACGAUUGUGUGGAUGCACCAUUGACACAUUUUAUGCAAUUUUUUCUUUAUUACAAGUUGUGAACUGAAUAUUAUAAGGAUUUUCUAUAAAAUGGACAUAAAAUGUUACCGGUAUUGGUAAGUCAGUAUGAAAAAUAAGUUGGGUAUUUUGAUUGCUUUUCUUUGUAUGAUAAAAGGGGCGACUUGAAGCCGAGUGAGAAAAAAAAUGUUCAAAUAUUUGACACAAUGUAUGUAAUAAGUAUCAAGAAUGGGCAAUGAUACUCUAGAAUGCAACUAUUGUAUUUUUUUGUAUUAAAAACUCAAUGUUUCUGUUUGUAAGACAUGUAUAAAAUUGAAGAAAGUACUGAUUGUUAGUAGGAAACCGUCCAAUAUAUUUUAUAUGUAAUAUUUUAUCUUGUGUACGUGAAAUAAAAAUUACUCAGUA